AUGCAUGUCGAAUAUCCUGAUUCCAUCGCCGAUGCGAUCGAAAAGUGGUGGGACACAUGGAUAAAUCCUCGGGAACCAAGUGGCUGCACGAGGAAGAGAGACAUCGAGCACUCGAACGAUGUCGAAAGGGCAUCGAAGCGACAGCAAACUCAGAGGCCCUACAGCAGCACCGGCGAGACCUCGGAUGACACUCACACCCUCAAAUUUUCAGAGGGGCCUCAGGAUGAGAACGCCAUGGGGCAAGUGGAAGACGAGGAUGCCUGGCCCUCACGUGUGGAGGACAUGCAGGAUGAGGUACAAAGGUGGCUUUUCUCAUGGAACGACAUAGGAAAGUCCACAGAGGGUCUUCGUGUCCCAGAGACCCCAGGGCAAGAUCUGUGGCAGGACGACGGGUACUCAGGAGAAGGUGACACGUUGUGCACGAAUGGAGAUGGGCAGCACGUUGUGGAGGGAGACUCGACGUGGGGUUUUCCGAAUCCCGAAGGUGCUGAAGGCGGUGCUUCCAUCCCGCAAUGUCCGAGCAGCAAUCACCCAGGAAGCCUCAUGCAGAGUGACUCCACAGGGCAGACUGGCGGCCUCAUCGGAUCCCAGCACACCGCGCAAGAUCAAGUCCGGGACGAGCUCGAGGGGGAUGACCGAGCCCAAUACCAUCUUCGCUAUCUGGUGCCACACGGAUGGAGCUCGCAUACUGCGGCAGAAGCUGGAUACCUACUCAUACCCGGAUAUGGCGACAAGCGCAAAAGCACUCCAGCUUAUCUGCUUCUUCACGACCCCUUAGACCCAUCAAUGCAUUUGGCCGAUAGUUGUGCGACGGCAGACGACAAGAUCCGUUGCAAAAUUGCGGGCUGCCCUAGCUAUAUUGACAUGUCCGAGGAAGAUACUUACGUCGCGCACCAGGAACAGUAUCCUCGUCCUCAUCACACGUACAUCACGAGAAGGGCAUGCCCGACCAAGCGCACCGUGGACUACUCGUGCCUCAACUGCGCCAUCAAGAAAGACAAGGCAUUUUCCUCCUGCACUUCUGGUCCCUGGAUUCGAGACUGA